GUUGAGGGAGGACGUGAGAGAGCCCUUAUCCCAGUUAUUAAAAUCUACACUAAGCAUUUUUUUUUUUUUUUUACGUGUAACUGAUAGUACGUGUUGGUCUGUUCAUCUGCCUACUCGAUUUGCAGUUUGGUUUUUAAAAUCAGUUUCUCGGGCGUUUCAGUUUUGGUAAUAUCGAGGAAAAAGGGCCUCUGUACUGAGAUUUUGUGGAACGUAAAUAAACUAUAUAUAUUGACUGUGAGUUUUUUCGGAGGCGAUUUUUCCCUCGACGUGUGCUUCCUUAGUUUCCGUCGUAUCAAUAAAUGGCCCCGCGACGGAACCUGGGCGAUCUGUUGUCAACCGCUGGUGAAGCCCGCGUGAUCGGAGAACUUAUUACUGGGCGUGACGGGAACGACUACGCCCCCGGAGGCGAGUCGUGGUGCUGCGCCUUCGCCCCCGACGAGUCCCGCUUCGCCUGGUCAUGUGGCUUUAGGAAGGUGGUCAUCCUGCCGUGGAACCGAUACAAGAACUGCCUGUUCAGACAGAGGUGCCAGCAACAGUCUGAUGAUAGCCAGGAUGCUGAGGGCUAUGAGCUCUUCACAGAGAAGAUUAGCAUUGAUGCUGGUUUCCCUGUAACAAGUUUAGCCUUUGGCACGGGGACGCCAGAGCAGGACUUGGUGCCCAUCAAGCGGGAAUACUGGACCAGGUUUGACUUCUCCAAAGACCUCAUCCUUGCUACAGGACACAACAAUGGCCGCAUCAGGAUCUGGGACCCUUAUACAGGCAAGCUGUUGCUGGAGCUCACAGACCACGUUCAGCCUGUCACAGCCCUGGCCUUCGCCCCUGACGGUUCCCUUAGGCUCGUUUCAGGGUCGAAGGACUCGACCAUCAAGGUGUGGGACAUGUCCGACGAUGGAAACAUGUUCAAAACUCUGCGAGAACACACUGGGUCAGUCAGGAGCUUAUGUUGGUCACCUGAUGCCAAGUUCCUCUGCUCAACUGGUGACAAACAGAAGGUGCUACUAUGGGACAUGGUCUCGUAUAACUUAGCCAAGAGGCUUUCAGGACAUUACAAUAAUGUUCUUUCAUGUUCCUUCUCUCCUGAUGGGGCCAUGCUAGCCACGGCGUCUGGUGAUACACGAGUCAUUGUUUGGGACACCAUUACGGGUGAACAACUUCGAGUUCUGAACCACAUGAAUCCCCCUCCUGGAAUAAUUUAUAUGUCUGGAGAGAACAACUCUGUUGUAAGAGGAGUGUCCUUCUCACCAAAUGGAUGCCAUGUUGCUACAAUUUGUAGUGAUGGGUUCCUCCGGUUUUGGAAUCUGAUGAUGGAAGAGGACGAGCCGGAAUGUAUGGGAUCAGCUAUGGACGGUGAUUCUAUGCUCAAUUGUACAUAUUCCCCUGUUGGUGGAGCUGUAGCUGUAGGGCAUGCCUCAGGAAGUGUAGUGUUCUUUAUGGCUCCUCCACUGGUGCCUUCCCUGCUUCACCUCUCGAGAAUGUCGAUCAGAAAGUCCCUUGGAGACAUCACCACAAGACAGGACGUUCUCCUGCCUCACACCCUGAAGCCUUAUCUACAGUAUAAGCAGUGGUGAAGAGAUGAUGCACGUUAGAUGUGCAGUUCACUAUAAACUUAAAACGGUGGUGAAUCCUGAUGUUUGAAUGGAUUUUAUAACUUAUUUGCUACAUAUUGUUUCUUUACUUUUAUAUUUAUCACUUUCAUAUUUUGUAAUUGGUUUUAUAUAUGAUUGGAGUUGUAUUCAAUUUAAGAAUUUGAUGGGUAAAUGUUUUGUUUGAGCAGUGUUAGUAAGUUUCAAUUUUUAAAAAUAUUAUGAAAGAUUUGUUAUUUAUUUUUGGCAUCAGGUAUUUGUGUGUAUGUAUUGCAGUGAGCUGUUAUUUAAUAUUUUUGUAUUUUCCUGAUUUUUAUAGUGAUUCAUGAUUGAUGUAAUUUAAUAUAAAGCCAAAUUGUAUAUGCACAACUGUUGAAUAAGUUACAAGUCAAUAUAUAUAUAGCAUACCUCAUUUCUCAUCUCAUUACACAUUUAUAGUUUCAUAAGAAAAAAGGGAAAAAAUCAUCAUAGCGCCUCACAGUUCAUGAGAUUUAUUUCUCGCGAGCCACCUUUCCAGUACCAAGUAUUCACAUUCACAUUCACAUGUACUCAUUUUUUUUUUUUAAUAAACACUCCAUGUGAUUUCUUUAUCUCCGACCUUCUUUAUCUAGAUAUUGAAGCAGUUAUGAAAGAUUUUCAAAAAUGCUAAAAUGCAAUAAAUGUAUUUUUCAGUUAUUGUUUACAGGAUACAUAAUCUAAUGUGUUUUUCUGAUACUACUAUAAAUGAAAUUGAGCCUUUUUUCUUGCAAUAUGAAAAGUAUAUAUAUAAUUUUUUGUCAAUCAGCAUUAUAUUAGUAAUACUGUCUGUACAUUGUUGUUAUUUGCUCACAUUCCCUUGUCAAUAUGUUAAUUAGCCAUUAAGUUUUCCUUUUAAUAUGUAAUUAAAGACCAAUGUCUUGUAGCCAUUUUGAAUUAUUAUUUUUUUUUAAAGCAUAUAUGAAUGUUAUGGCAUAUUUUGAUUCACUGUAUAAAUAUAUAUAUGUAUAUGUAAAAGUUAACAUUCAAGUCUUUUCAAAACUACUGUAUUUUUUAUUUAUAUAUUUUUAAAAUAAAAACAAGAAAGUUCACUUUGUCUACAUGAAAUAACAGCUAGAAUAUAUAUCAGAUAUAUAUAUAUAUAUAUAUAUAUAUAUAUAAUGUUAAUUUUUGGUAUAUUUAAAAUUACAUUGCAGAAAUAUUAAAACUAUUUUAUACACUUGAUUUUUGCCAAAAAAAAGCAAUUGUAAAAAAAAAAAAAAAAAAAAAAAAAAAAAAAAAAAAAAAAAACAAAGAUUCUUGUGUUUCACACCUGGUAAUACAAUACCUAUUAAGUGUUAAAAGUAUUUCCAUAUAGAAUUGUAAAAUACAAGUAUGGUCUGUACGAAGUAUAUUUCAUUAAAAAAAUCUGUCAUCUUG